ACCUUUAUCUGGAUUAGUGCCAACAUCCCAUCAAGUGAUGUCGGAAAAACACGGCCUCGACGACUCUGCCCGUCAGAUGAUGCAGCCGCCUCCGUACAUCCCAGGUCCACAGGACCCAAAUGUACCUCAGCACCCCAACAUGCCACCCGGCGCCCAGCCUAGCUAUCCAGCACCACCUCCGCCCCCGGGCUCAGAGGGAUACCUCCAAGAGACUCAAUUCCAUUGUAACACAAUGGGAACACCUGGGGCCCCACAAGGAUACACAGUCCAGACUCAGGGUCCGGGAGGAACCAUGCCUCAUCCUCCAGUGGGAUACAUCCAUCCUGGGUACCCUCUGCAGCUGCAGCCGUGUACCGCUUAUGUUCCUGUGUACCCCAUGGCGUCGGGGCAGCCCUACAUGCCCGCAGCCGGAGGUCACCCAGCGAUGCCACCGGGUCAGAUUCAUCCCAUGCAAAUGCCGCCCAGCAUCACCUUAAUGGACCGCCGCCCGCCGCACGACUACCUGCCCAUCGCGGUGCUCACCACGGUGUGCUGCUUCUGGCCCACUGGCAUCAUUGCAAUCAUCAAAGCAGUACAGGUGCGUACGGCCAUCGCCAGAGGGGACAUGGUGACGGCAGAGAUCGCCUCUCGCGAGGCCCGCAACUUCUCCUUCAUCAGCCUGGCGGUUGGCAUCGCCUCCAUCGUGUUGUGCACCAUCCUCACCGUGGUGGUCAUCAUCGCCUCGCAGCAUCAUGACGACGACUGGGAGCCGUAA